CGGCUUCCGGGGCGGGGCGUGUUCCUGUCACGGCGGCGGCGAGGAGCGGCGGCGAGGCGCGGAGCAGAGCGGCGAUGCCUGAGGCCACUCGGCUGUGCGCCGGCAGCGGGGCUGAGGCGGGCUCCGAGAGCCCCAUGGAGAGCGAGGCAGCCACAGGCAACGGCCGGCGGCGGCGCAAGAAGGAGAAGAAAGAGAAGAAAGCCAAGCGGCGCGACAAGGCUCAGAAGAGGAAAUCGCAGACAGAUGAGAGCGAGCAGUCAGAGGAUGAGCUCGAUUCACCGAAAGUCAAGAAAGCGAAAAGGAAAGAUAAGCAAAACGGUGAUGCCGUAGGCGAUAGCCUGGAGAAUGCCACGUUACCUGCCCUCACACUUAAAUCUGCCCACAAAAAGAGGCCCAGUAACUCCAGUGAAACAUCAAGUGGGGAUUGUGACAGUGACCAAGAGCAGGAGAUGACUGAAGAGCAGAAGGAGGGCGCUUUCUCCAAUUUCCCUAUUUCCAAAGCAACCGUUGAGCUUCUACAAGCUCGAGGAGUGACGUACCUGUUCCCCGUGCAAGUGAAGACCUUCCACCCAGUGUUUUCUGGCAAAGAUGUGAUUGCUCAAGCACGAACUGGAACAGGGAAGACAUUCUCUUUUGCUAUUCCCUUAAUUGAAAAGCUUCAGGCAGACUCACAGGAAAGAAGAAGAGGCCGUGUACCAAAGGUACUGGUACUUGCUCCAACAAGAGAGCUGGCAAACCAGGUUGCCAAAGAUUUCAAAGACAUAACAAGAAAGCUCACAGUAGCUUGUUUUUAUGGAGGAACUCCAUAUAAUGGACAGAUUGAUCUCAUUAGAAGUGGAAUUGACAUUUUGGUUGGGACACCUGGUCGAAUCAAAGACCAUCUUCAGAAUGGCAAGCUAGACCUCAGCAAGGUGAAACACGUUGUCCUUGAUGAAGUUGACCAGAUGCUGGACAUGGGAUUUGCUGAGCAAGUGGAAGACAUUUUACGAGUUGCAUACAAGAAAGAUUCUGAAGACAAUCCCCAGACGCUCCUGUUUUCUGCAACUUGCCCACAUUGGGUGUAUGAUGUGGCUAAGAAAUACAUGAAGUCCAAAUAUGAGCAGAUUGACCUAAUUGGGAAAAGAACUCAGAAAGCUGCUACAACAGUAGAACAUUUGGCUAUAGCGUGCCACUGGUCUCAGAGAGCUGCGGUUAUUGGAGAUGUCAUUCAGGUCUACAGUGGCAGCCUCGGGAGGACCAUUGUAUUUUGUGAGACCAAAAAGGAUGCAAACGAACUGGCUCUGAAUGCUUCCAUCAAACAGGAUUGCCAGUCAUUGCACGGUGACAUUCCUCAGAAGCAGAGAGAGGUCACGCUGAAAGGUUUUAGAAACGGUGCCUUUAAAGUUCUGGUUGCAACCAAUGUAGCUGCCCGUGGUUUAGAUAUCCCUGAGGUUGACCUGGUUGUACAAAGUUCACCACCAAAGGAUGUGGAGUCCUAUAUCCAUCGUUCUGGACGUACAGGUCGAGCUGGCCGGACUGGGAUCUGUAUCUGUUUUUAUCAACGAAAGGAAGAAAAUCAGUUAAGAUACGUGGAACAAAAAGCGGGCAUUUCAUUCAAGCGAGUUGGUGUUCCUACUGCAACAGAUAUAAUAAAGGCUUCCAGCAAAGAUGCUAUCAGAUGUCUGGAUUCUGUUCCUCAAAGUGCUAUUGAUUAUUUCAAAGAAUCUGCUCAGUUGCUAAUACAAGAAAAGGGACCAGUUAAUGCUCUGGCUGCAGCUCUAGCACAUAUUUCAGGUGCUACUUCCAUUGAACAGCGCUCCCUGCUGAACUCUGACGCUGGAUUUGUUACAAUGAUACUGCGCUGCUCUGAAGAAAUAAACAAUAUGAGCUAUGCUUGGCGGAGACUACGGGAACAGCUUGGUGAUGAUGUUGAUAGGAAGGUGAACAGAAUGUGUUUCAUCAAGGGAAGAAAGGGUGUUUGCUUUGAUAUUCCUGUGGCAGACCAAAAGGCAAUAGAGGGAAAAUGGGAAGAUUCAAAACAGUGCCGUUUGUCCGUGGCAAAUGAAUUACCUGAGUUAGAAGAAACACAGCGAGGAGGAGGAGGAGGAGGAGGAAACAGCAGAAACUUCUCUAGCUCCAGGAAUGGGCGGCGGGGCGGCUCUGGAAGAAACAGAUUCAGAGGCAGAGGCCAGAAGCGGAGUUAUGACAGAGCCUUUGAUCGUUAACUUCGACAAUCCCAAAGUGGAAAAACGGAACUGCAGUAUUUUAUAAUCUGUUAAAAUAGGCUGUUCCUGGGUGUUUGUACCACUUUGAGAAACAUGUCAUCCCGUUUUUUCUUCAGUACUACUUUGGUCAUAAACAAGAUCAUGUUCAUUUUUGGGGAAAAAGAAGAAAAUGCAGGUGUCCUUUCUUUUUCAUUUGCCAUUUCAGCUGUGUGUAACACCUAAAUCUGUAUUCCAGAGUACGGCUGUCGCAUUUAAACCUCUAGCCUGGCUCACUGUAUAAUGUAAAGAUCUUAACUGCUGGCCAAACCUGUACAUUUUCCGAAAAAAAAGAGGAGUAAAAAAUAAAAUAUUAUUUUACGAA